AUGAAAUCUUUAAUUGAAUUACUUACUAAACAAAACUUAACCCUGGCUAGUUGUGAAAGUUUGACGGGUGGAUUAUUUGCUACAAUGUUUACUGAAAUUGCUGGAGUGGGGCAAGUGUUUAAAGGUGGUUUUGUUGUUUACAGUAAUGAAGCCAAAACUAAAUUAGUCAAGGUUUCUCAAAAAACCCUCCAAGAACACGGAGCCAUUAGUGCCCAAUGUGCUAAGGAAAUGGCUUCUAAUUCUCGACAAUUACUAGGAACUGACUUAGCCAUUAGUUUCACGGGUAAUGCCGGAUCUGCUACCCAAGAAAAUAAACCAGUAGGCUUGGUAUAUAUUGGUUUAGUUAUUAAAGAUGAUUUAAUUAGUAAGGAAUAUCGUUUUUUUGGUUCACGGAGAGAAAUUCGCCAGCAAGCAGUAGAAACUGGAAUUAUGCUAAUUAAGGAUAACCUCGGCAAGAUAAUCAAGAAUGACAUAUCAUUACCCAAAAAAUAA